CGUAGACCUUGCAACCACCCUCUCUCAUUGAGUCCAACGGAGUUUCUCAAUUCAUCACGCUCCCAAGAUGUUCCCUUUUAAGGUCUUGUCUAUGGGAGAGGUAGCAGGGAUUCCUGUAGCAAGUCCCAGGUCCGAAGAUCAGACUAAGAUGCCAGGACGGAAGCGCAAACAUAUCAACUAUGAUGAAUCCGAUGGUGAGGGAUCCUGCUGUGGUGAAGAAACUCCAAUCAAGAAACCAAAGACCAUCGAGACCCCUGACUUGAGCACCCGAUACACGAACAGCGAGCCUUUGCCAAAGAACGCAUCAAGGAGAAAAGGAAAAAAGGCAGCUACUACUGACGGCGAACUUAAAUUCGAAUUCACAGAGAAGAGGCAGAGGCGAUACAGGGCACGUCCGCCGCAGUCCUACUUAGAAAUCAAAGCUCGCGCUCUUACGCAGCGACUUACGAUCCAGCACCGCGAGCGAUGUGGAACUGAUGACGUGCCCGAAGAAAAGGUCUUGAUCGCUGGUACGACAGGAAAUAUAUAUUCGGUACAUAUUGGACUCAUUCCAACAUGCGACUGUCCACACGCGCGCAAGGGCCACCAGUGCAAGCAUAUCAUUUACGUCAUGCUCCGCGUCCUCAAAGCCCCCGAAAAUAUCAGCUUCCAACUAGCUCUCACAUCCUCCGAACUCCGAGAUAUCUUCGCAAAUGCCGCACCCAUACCCAAAGCGGACACCGAAGCCGACCACUGUGGUGGUAACCGCAAACCAGUCGAAGGCGACUGUCCAAUCUGCUACUCAGAAUUCGAACUAGACAAAGACGCCAUCGUCUACUGUAAAGUGGCCUGCGGCAACAACGUCCACAGGGACUGCAUGGAAAACUGGACGCGGGCUAAGCAAGGUAAAGCGACUUGCCCGUAUUGUCGAGCUAUUUGGAGUGAGGGUGGUUUUGUGGGGAAGGAGGCGGAUUUGCAGAGUGCAGAGAGGAAUGCAGAGGGGUAUGUCAAUGUUGCUUCACAGCUGGGGUUAUCUGGGCAGAGAGACUACUCGUCCUACCAUCAACCUUGGGUGAGGCAACGA